AUGUCAAACGAAUUUCAAAACGCUCAUCACAUUGAUAAUUUAUCAGUAGUAAAAGUUUCUGUAAAUAAUGAUGAAGUUUUGACAUUUUUCUCAUAUGUAGACGAAGCUACGAAGGAAUGGCUUAAAUCUUUGGAACAUAUAUGGCAAUUAAGGAAGAAGGAUAAUGUUUUGAGCAAAACAUUGGUAGAGUAUUUUGAAAGUGCACCUAAUCCAUAUUUGAGCACAUUACGAAUAUUAGUAAAUAUAUCAGAUUUUAAACAUAUUAAAAAGAAUUCAUCUUUAGCAUUCACAGUCAUAGAAGAAUAUGCAAAAUGGUUAGAAUUAAGAAAAGAAAUGUACAAAGAGUUCCUGGUUCUAGAUCUAAAACUAGCAACAUUUCGAUUGAUCAUUAAACAAAAUAAUAUAGAAUUAAUUAAGAUGGUUGCAAUUACAUAUGAUUUCAUAGAACACAAAGAAAAAUUUAUUAAUAUUAUAAAGCAAAUUAUUCAAGAAAAAAAAUACAAAGAAGCAGCACACUAUGCAAUUAUAUUGCAAUUACAAAAUUAUUUUUCAAAUCCAGAAUCCUUAAUAAUGCCACUUAUUCUACAGAAUAAAUUAGUAAUUGUGGAAGAUUUUCUAGCUAAUUGUCCUGAAUUACAGAAAGCUAUAGUCUUGUAUUUGGAUAAUUUAAUUGGACCUGAUAGUAGCCUGCAUGUCCAGCUAAAUAAUAUAAUUAUAAAAAAUAAUAUACCAGAUGUAAAGAUGUUUACAACAAACAUAAAACCUAUGACUAAACUAAUAGCACGUUUUAUCAAAUUAUAUAACCUGCCACCAGAAUUUUGUCCUAAUUUAAAUAAAAAAAGAUGUGAAGGCGCCUUACGAUUCCUCAUACAUAAACGUUAUGUGGAACAUAGUUUAAGUACUGCUAGUUGGAGGGAGUUGGUACAAGAUACAGUAGGAGAUGAUGAAGCGUUACAACUUGCUAUGAUAAGAAUGUUAAUUAAUGACAAGGAUGCAAAUGAAGCUUUAUAUUGGGCAAAAAGAUUUAAUAUACCUAAAAAAAAUUGGCCAUGGUCAAUAUCAUAUGAAGAGGAACUAAAUGAAUGUGAAGGUAUAAAUGAAGGAGCUUCAACCAGUAAGAUGAAUGAUUGGGAAAUUGACAAUGGCCCUAUAAAUUAUUAUGAAUUAAAAUUAUCAAGGGACUCUAUUAAAGUAGUAAAUAAUCCUUGUAGUUUUGAAGAAUUUCUCGAUCAUGGAUUAAAAGAUGUCUCUAUUGUUGGUAUCGAUUCAGAAUGGAAACCUUGCUUCGGUACAAAACAGAUAGAAUUAGCUUUAAUACAAAUAGCUACUAUAAACAAUGUAUACAUCUUAGAUGUAACUACAAUGGGAAAUGAGUUGACAGAGUUAUGGACUAAAUUAGGAUUAGUUCUGUUUCAAAACAGACAUAUUUUAAAACUCGGAUUUGGUAUAGCUCAUGAUACAACAGUUAUACGUAAUAGCAUGCCUGCAUUAUCGAAAGUAAAAUUACAUGGGCAAGGGUUUCUAGAUAUCGUAUGUUUAUGGAAAAAAUUGGUUGAAGAUUAUAAAUUUGUUUUUCCAUACGAGAAUAAUGAACAAUUUACUAAACAAAAUUUGAGUAAGCUUGUAGAACUGUGCUUUGGACAAAAAUUGAAUAAAUCUGAUCAGUUUUCUAAUUGGGAGCAAAGGCCACUAAGAGAAAGUCAAAUAAUAUAUGCUGCAUUAGAUGCCUAUUGUUUAUUAGAAAUAUAUUCAGCAUUAGAAAUUCAAUGUAGACAUUUGGACAUACCAUUUUUUGAUGUUUGCUGCGAAGUACAAUGUAUCCCACAUCAAUCACCAGAAAAAGAUAUAAAAUGGCCUAAACAAAAGAGUAAGGGAUUAAAUCAUAAUAAACAACAAAAUUUCCAAAGAGAAUUACCAUUAGAAAAGUCAAGAAGUUUUUGGAAACCAAAAUACCAAAAUUACAAUUUUUUUAACAAACCAAUGCAAUCAACAAUGUUGACAAAGCCCAGAAAUUUAAAUAAAUCAUAUUACGUGAACACGUCGAAACCUGUAAGACAAAUAAAUUAUGAAAGUAAAACACAAGAAACAUGUAAAGAAGUGGUUAAAUAUAAAUCUAUGCCAAUACAUAAUUGGCGUGUAGUUUGUGAUUCAAUGUUAGGUGGAUUAAUGAGCAAAUUACGAAUUUGUGGAUGCGAUUGUGUUCAUUUUGCAUUUGAUCAGAACGGAGAACGAUCUAUCGAAUUAGCAAUUAGUGAACAAAGAGUGCUUUUAACUCAAACUAAAAAAUAUUUUAAAUCUUUACAAUACAUACCACCUGAAGAUUGUUACCAAGUACUGGCUAAUACUCCCAAAGAUCAGUUACGGGAGGUAUUAAACUAUUUUGGAGUUGUAAUUACACAAAGAGAUAUAUUUAGUCGAUGCCAAGCAUGUAAUAGUGAUGAAUUUGCAAAAGUUCCAAAAUUAUUAAUGAAUGAACUCACGAAAAGCUAUGUUAAAUUAUCACGUAAAAAUAAUUAUAGUAUUUCCUUAAAUCCAGUGGAUUCUGUGGAUAAUACAUAUCAUUUAAAUGUAACAACAAAUUCAAGGAGUAAUGAUUUGCAACAUGAUAUAUAUACACACAAUGAACUGCAAUGUGAGGAUCGUACGUGGAUACUUAGUAUGAAUUCUGUGAAUGUUGAUACAUGUUCAACAAAAUACCAAACAAGAAUACAAAUUGAUAAAGUACCAAUAAAGGUGUUAAAGGAUGUACAAAUUUUUUAUGUUUGUGAACGCUGUGGAAAGAUAUAUUGGAAUGGAACGCAUUUAAAACGUACGCUCAAGAGUGAUAUUAAAGACCUUAUUGUUUAAAUAUGAGUUUUAAUUACCAUUACAUGUGAUAUAGUGUUUAAAGUAGUAUUCUGACUAUGAAAGCACAAAUCAAAAAUGUUAUUAUUUAUUUCAGUUAAUAACAACUGUUCCUAUAAUGUGUAAUUAAUAACAAAUAUACAGUUACUCGCGUUAAUAUUCGGACACAGUACUACCCCUGUACACAUCGUUUCGUACACGAAAAAAACACAAAAGGAAU